GUGUAAUCCAUGAGAUAGCUACAAACAUGGCCGCGUUUGGUGCAGCACGGUGCCUCUUUAGGAGCUAUUCUCGGGUCAAAAAUGUCGAUCAAAACACAGGAAUACUUGUCAGAUGUAGCAGAAGGAUGUUGUGCAGUGCACCGUCUGACAGCAAUUCUCCAGAUGCCCAUGUGAAGCCCCAGUUUCUGGAUGCAGAGGUGCAGGACAUCCUAACCAGAAUCACAGGCUUGAACCUGGAGAAGGUGUUCAGACCCAUCAAACAGGAGCUGAAGCCCCCCAAGUACAAACUCAUGACAGACGCACAGCUGGAAGAGGCGAUCCAGAGUGCCAGGGAGCAGGCCCAGAGGCUGCUGAAGAUGCCUCCGGUGCUGCCGGAGAGGAAGCCCAUCAAUGAUGUCCUGUCUGAGGACAAGAUCCUGGAGGGCAUGGACACAGCCAAAUACGUCUUCACUGACAUCACCUUCAACAUACCGCACAGGGAGCGGUUCAUAGUGAUCCGGGAACCCACUGGGACUCUGAGGAAGGCAUCGUGGGAGGAGAGGGAUAGGAUCCUGCAGGUCUACUUCCCUAAAGAGGGCCGCAGGCUCACAGCACCCCCUGUCUUCAAGGAGGAGAACCUGAAGGUGGUGUUUGGCCAGGAUCGUCAUGAGGAUAUGUUGGAUCUGUGCCAGGUCCAGUUUGAACCUGACUCCUCAGAAUACAUCAGGGUGCAUGCAGCCACCUAUGAGGAUCUAGAGAAGAUGGGGAAGUACGAUCUGCUGCGCUCCACCAGACACUUUGGAGGCCUGGUCUGGUACCUGGUCAAUGCCAGGAGGGUGGACGGACUCGUGAUAGACAUGCUGCAGAAAGACCUGUUGCAGGAUGUAGUGAGUCUGGUAGGUCUGUUCAACAAGGUCCAUCCACACAGUGAGACAGCCCAGGAGGCCUCCAGCCAACAGGCUUCAGGACUGGACCUGCUCAAGAUCUACGCUAAGCGGGAGUCCCAGAGGGCAGGAUACGUAGAGCUGGCCCUGCAGGCCUACGAACAGACCUCCGCAGAGAGCUCCGUCUGACAUACAUCAGCACACCUAACCACAGGACAGCUGUGUCACAUCACAGCAGAGCUCAGUCUGACAUCAGCACACCUAACCACAGGACAGCUGUGUCACAUCACAGCAGAGCUCAGUCUGACAUCACCAUACACCUCACACCAACGGAGCUGUGACAUUAUCCCCAAUGGCCUGCCUUUCCAUGAUCAAAAAUUUCACCAACUGGACAAUUUCGGUGAGCAAAGAGAAUAACUUAGUCCUUGAACUAUGGAGCUCAUAUGAACCACUUGCAAGCCAAGUGUCCAUUGGCAAUAAAUGGCAUCAAAAUGUGCAUAUAACUGGGGUCCUCCAGGCUUCAGUCUUCUAUCAUUUGGUGGAAGGGCACACGAUGCAGUGCAGAUAUUCACUAUUCACACAUUUCAACCUUGUCAUUUGUUCAUAACCUUAAUCAUACUGUAUCACAACAUUGGAACUGAGUAAGCUGUUUAAUUCUCAUGAUGUAUGUACAUUCAAAAUAAAAAUGUCUUUAUUUACAGUCUCA